AUGAAUGACUCCAACUGGAAGAAGACGACUCGCAUGGUGCCAACCUUGAUGACAAAGUGGAAACGCGUGCUCCUGGGCUUCCCACGAAGCAAGGAGUCCUUUGAAGCUUUAUCUGCAUCCACAGAUGAGGAUGUCCUUGAGGCAUGGCAGAAGGAGUACGACGACGCUAUGGAGGCUUGCCAAAAUGAUCCGAAGAUCAUGGACACCUUCGAUGUCCAGCUCAUGAAGGCCCCGGGUAAAGACCUCACCCAACUCAGACUGGCGGGCGAGGAGUCCGCCAAGGGCUUGGAGAAGGGCACUGCCGGAUGGUUGUCGACUGGCCUCAAAAUUCAAGAAGCACAGCUUAAGCUUGCGAAUGAUAUCCGCAAGGCGGGUCAAAAUCCGAGCGUGGCGGAGGACCUCAAGACUCUCGAGCGCCGUCAGCGCCUCGAAGUCAGCAUUCUCACAUUCCAACGUCACUCUGAGAAGUUCAUGGGAAGGUUGGAGGAUGUUCCCGCCAUGGAAGAUCGUGACGAUGGUGCGCUCUGGGAUUCCUUGGAUGAGAAUCUUUUUCAAAUACACCCGGAGGACGCUGAGUAUAGCGAGAAUGCAAUUCCUCCCGAGCGAGCUUCCUUGAAUUUACCUUCGCAGAUCGGAUUCGUGGCCACCGUCGCCAACGGGCUCCAGACCCUGGCGGCCCAAGAGUUGGAGUUGCGCAAAGGCCUGAUGAAUGACAUCCUCCACGAGCUUCGCAUGGCGCUUGGACUGAAGUCUUACCUCUACCGCAAGAGGGUUCGUCCUGCCAACAGCGUCGGAACCAUGACCCGUGCACAGGCGGAGGUUCAUGCUGCCGAUCAGACCGUCUUGGCCUGCGCCAGGCUCUAUUCCGCCAACCGACGCGCCAUUAUGCGCUUGGGCGCCACCGAUAAAGACUUGGCCCUCUAUCACCCUUUGGAUAAGAAGGACCUGCACGUGAAGACUGCCGUCAUCGAGGCUAGCACCUCCGGGCUCAGGAACGUCAACCUGGCUUGGUUCUGGACCAUGGAUGUCGCUGGAGAUCGAGGUUCAUCAGAAUGGAUGGAUGAGUUCUAUAGAGUGAAUUGGCUGCAUGCCAGAGCUCGAUAUGAGAGAUGGAGGGAGGAGCGUGUCUUGGUCCACUCGGAAAUGGCCUGGACCAUAGCCACCUUCAAGCGGAAUGUGGAACGAUGGGCUCACUGGCUCGAGAUGACGGAUCCUUCCUGGCGGGGUCAUGUUUGCUAUGCCGCCAGGCAAUCUUCAACAUCAGAUGCGCGCCCCUGCCUGUUCUCCAGAGGGAGGUUGCAGUUGGAAGUCUACACUUGGAGGAUCCAAGAAGCUGUUCUGGCACUGGAGCCUGACCCAGAUCACUUCACCAAGGUCCGUUGGGAGGAAGGCUUGUGCCAGGAGAUGUUCGCCGUCAGGGGUAUCUGUGGUGACCUCGCGUUGGCGGGUCAUGCUGACCAUAUUGACCAUGGCGGAGUUAUCGCCAGUGUCCUCACCGUCUGCACUUUCAAUCGCGAAGUUCUGCGCCCCAUCAGCAUUGACGUCAAGGCGAUUCCACGCCCCACCACCCUCGUUCCUCGUCCUAAGAACCUACUCGAGGAUUCACCCGACUACUGGUGGAAAUGGGAUCGUCAGGUUGGGCCGGCGGGGAGCCCUAUGGAGGCCUGGUGGUACAAACUUGGUGAUCCCUGGGAGAAGGUGUACACCGUCUCCGAGUCUACACUGGUGCAGCUUGAACAGCUGCAUGUUCGCGUCGCGAACCUCACUAGUUGGUUGCACGAGAGGACAGAUCAGAACCUGGAUGUGGUGCUGGAAGAGCUGCAGGAGGCAAUGCGGCAGCUGCAUGAGUUAGGAAUGUAA